AUAUCUCAUUAUACAUAUUUACAUGCCUCAUUUCAAAAAUAAAUGUCGCUUAGUUCACAAUUUCCACCAUAAUAAAUCGUCCUCUAAGAAUUUAAAUUUAUUUCAUACAGAAAAUAAGUAAUUUGCAUAUUAUGGUUGCCCAUAAUGUCUUCCAUAACCAUGUUGCUGGAUAUCAGAACAAUUCCACUGCUUUGGAAGACUCAACAGCCAUGGCUGAUUUCGACUAUGACCAAUAUAACCAGCUAAGGCGAAACACGGAGGCCUUUAGGGAGCAGCUCGAGAGAUUAGAUAAACUCGAACAAACCAGACAAGUUACCCGAGCAAGAAGACCAAUUUUACAAGUAUUAAAGGUUCUCGAAUCUGAGCUCAAGCGGUUGGAGGGCGUUCUCCGUAUUCCGCCGGCCCCCUUCGCACCACCACCGCGCUACUUCCCACAUGAUAUGGCAGCAGUAUUGGUAUGUGGAUUUGCUAUAGUGGCGGUUGGGUUGGGGAUCUUUUUCCAGUACUGGACUGAACACUGGUCAGUCAAUAGUUAACAGUUGUUAGCUGACAAUUAAUAUUUACCUACUGCAAAAAUAUUAAAAUCUGAUAUCUACAUAAUCUCUCCUUGAUAAAGCAGUGUCAUGCUACAAAUGAAAAGCUAUUCAUUUCGUUAUUCUAUUGCUCUUCAACACAACUCAAAAAAUUUCCCUAUUAAAUUUCAUGAAUACUCAAUUUCUAAUAGACUGCUUCUAACGUGUACAAAGAUUUUAUUAUUGGUCACUUUAUGUCUAAAGCGUUCUAAAAUUCUUGAAGAGAAGAGUUUGUACAUAAAUAUAUUAGUAUUAUAUAAGAUAAGAUUGAUUAAAGCAUCCAGUCCAUAAUGCUAAUUGUAAUAAGACAAAUAUGAAGAAUAAAUAAAUUCAUUAAUUUCUUUCCACAAUUAAAAAA